GCCGACUUCACCUCAAUUUCUUCAAAACUCACAACCAAAUAAAAAAGCUUUUUUUAUUUCAAGAAAAAGAAUGGGUUUUCUUUGUUUCAAGAAAAAACACCGCCACUUUCUCCGUCGCUCUUCGUCCAUCUCCAUCCCGGCGAGGAUGAAGGUGAUCGAUACCUCGCCGGAGAAGGUGGUUGCGCCACCGGCAGAGAGGCUGGAAAGAAUGCCGACGCCGGAAGAUGUAGACAAACGGGCGGAAGCUUUUAUUCAAAAGUUUAGGCACGAGAAGGUGGCUGCGCCACCGCCGGAAAGAAACCCGGCGGCGGAAGAUAUAGACAAAAAGGCGGAAGCUUUUACUCAACCGUCUAAGCAGGGGAAGGUGGUUGCGCCGCCGGCAGAGAAGAUGGAAAGAUACCCGGCGAGGGAAAACAUAGACAAAGAGGCGGAAGCUUUUAUUCGACAUUUUCAUGAGCACGGCAAGGUGGUAGCGCCACGGCCGCCGCCGCCGCCAUCAAACAAGCUGGAAAGAAUUCCGACGAAGGAAGAUAUCGACAAACAGGCAGAAGCUUUUAUUCAACAGUUUAAUCACCAGUUGCUUGUUCAGAGGUUGAAGUCUAUUGAGAACGACAACAAAAUGCGAAAAUGAUCAAACUGCUCUCAUCAUUGUGGCCUAUAUUUUAAAUUUACAUUAUUCAUAGCUCCAUAAAUGAAUAAAUGUGGUUCUCUACCACUAAUUUAAUACUCCGUAUAAUUCAGAAUUAAGAAAACAACAUAAUUUCAUAGUACAUGGUAUGUAGUGUAUGUACAUGGAUAUUAUUGGAUAAAAAUGUUCACUCUUGUAUAGAAAUAUUUUUAGAAUGUUUUGAAAUUUUAAAAUAGGAUCUUUUAUUCUCUAAAUAGGAGUAAUUUCUGUUAAAUUUAGAGAAAUCAGUCAUGUUUAAAGUCGGGUAAUGCCAAACUUAGCAGAAAUUACUGAAUAAAGAACAUUGUAGUCCUAUCUAUUUUGGAAUUUCAAAUUUUAUAUUCCUAUUUAGAGAAUUC